UUUUUGUCAUUCAGAAUGAUGAUGAGUCCAGUUUUCCGGCCUCGCCAACGGAAGGAUAAGCAUAAAAUUUUGGAGAAAAUUCAUUUUGAUUUUUACCGUUAUAUUAUCUGUCUAGCAAUUCUUGCAUUCACUCUUCUACCCUUGUUUUUAAGUUGGGGCGCUUUGGAACUUGAAGGUUUUGCAAAUACUAACUAUGAUGCUGAGCCAAAGUAUGGAACGGAUAUAACCUGCUUUUUCACGACUAGAGAUGAUCGUACAACGCGUGAUGACAUGUGUGCUAAAAUUCUGAAAAAUCAACUUCAUCGAAAUGUGGUCUACUACGGUAUCCGAAUUGAUUGUAUCUUGAGCUCUCCUCUUAUCCUGAUAUCAUUCUGGCUGUUCUUCCAAGAGUCAUUCGGAAAAUAUGUGCUUUACGCUGCGCAUUUCUGCGCCUGGACCAAAUUCAUCAGCAUCACUGCCGUGUUGACAUGUGUCCUGAUUGAUGAACCGUCAUUCAUGAGAGAAACGUUUGAAAAAUCGCAAUUUGGCUCCUACGAAUCAAAACUUCUCUACUCAUUCACCAUGGUGUCCCUGUCUGCUUUUUUUGACAUCUGUCUUGUUAUUGCUCUCGUCAUUGUAAACUAUCUGCCGGACACCCCAGUAUCCAAGUAUCGUGUUGGCCCACCACAACCAGCUGAAUACAUGAGCGUUUUGGCAAAUGUCAAGCAAGUUGUCGCAAAAAGCAGAAAUGCAAGCAGAGUAUCUGUUGUUGAAGCUUUCCCAAUAGGCGACCUCAUCUCAAAAGAAACUUUUGCAGGAAAAUCGAAUCCUGUAUAA